CACGGAAGUUUUAAACGGGUAAGAUUUACACACUCUAAAAAAUCUGAAAUUACAGUGCAUUUACUUUCUAUUGUGAUUUUGCGGACUGACUGUUAGGAUAUGCUUUAAAAUAUCUGAUCUUGGACCAGUAUCACAAUAUGGCUUAUUCAGACCGCAAAACCAUAGACAUGGACGACACGAAGCACUGUACUCCCUGCAAAACUAGAGAUAAGAAGACCAAAGCCGAAUAUUACUGCACGGAUUGUGAGGCUUACUAUUGCGAGGAAUGUUUCGAGUUACACCCGCGAGUACCUUACCUUGCCAAGCAUAUUGUCUUGAAACAUGAUGAUAUUGACGUUUGGUCAAGAGAUCAGUAUAAAUGUUCUACACAUGGCAAAAACCUUGAAUUCUUCUGCAAAGAACACAAGAUGUUAUGUUGUCACGUUUGUAUAUCAUUGAAGCACAGGGCAUGCACUAACAUGGACUAUAUACUAGAAGAAGCAAUGAAAAUAUGUUUAGAAGAUGACAAAGAAAAAAUGAUGAAACAGAUCGAAGAGCAACUUCAAAUUAUCGAAUCAAGUUUUGGUAAAAUAAAACGAAAGGCCGAAACUAAUCAAACCUCAAAGACGGAAUAUAUCGAAGAUCUGGAAUCAUUUCGCAGUAGAGUAAAUGCAAUGUUUGAUUCCCUUGUGGAGAAAGCGUUUGGAGAGAUGAAUGAGCAGUACGAUAAGAACACAAAAUAUUCUGAAAACGUCAGAGAAAAACUGGUUCGUUUUGAAGGCAAACUGAAAAACCUUAAACAACAGAUAAAAUCAUCUACAGUUGGCAAGGAAGCUCUCGUCUACAUAAGUCUACAAAGAGGUGAGGAACUUAUCGAAGAAUUUUCAAAAGAGUUAUCGAAAAUUGAUUUUUCAGUCAAAAAAGAAAAAUAUAAACCGGUCAUUGAUGAAAAAAUUGAAGGAUAUGUGAAAGGAUUAGCUCAAAUAGCGGUUCUGGAAGAUGACAAGAUGAGAGAAGAAUGUGUUGCAAGUGAUAUAUACACAGAGGAAAAAUGUGAAAAAAUUGAAGUCGAAAAGUAUUAUAAAGAG